AUGGAAUAUGAUUAUAUUAUAGUUGGCGCUGGAACUGCUGGAUCGCUCAUUGCCCAUAGACUGGCCACUGAAAGUAACUUUACUUUUGUGGUGUUAGAAGCGGGCGGGGGCAGCCAUCCACUUCUUGAAAUACCCAUUGUUGGCCCUCUUUUGCAUGGUACCGUGUAUGAUUGGCAAUACGAGACCACGCCGCAGGAGAACGCUUGUUAUGCUAUGGUCGAUAGAAAAUGCAGACUUACACAGGGUAAAAUCGUGGGCGGCUCGUCGAAACUGAACAACAUGAUCCACGUAAGGGGAAACGUUUCGCAUUACGCCGAUUGGUUCCACGGGAAGUACACACGUGAAUAUUUUCAGCGACAACUGGAUUACGUAGAGGAUAACAUUUUCAAUUUAGACCAUGUACAAUACCAAAGCGAGUUGACUGACGCUGUGUUAGACGCCGCCAAAGAGUUAGGUUACGAAAGUCUCGAUGGGGUGUCUGAGAAAGGGUUCCGGCGGAGUAGAGUGACCCAGAAAGACGGGAAGAGAUGGACGACGUCCGACAACCUCGACGUGAACAGGCAUGUGAUCAGCGAUUCACUUGUCGAGAAAGUGCUGAUUAUCGAUCGCAGGGCUUACGGUGUUAGUGCACUUAUAUCGGGUGAGCGGCGUGAGAUAUUUGCCCGGAAAAGUGUGAUACUGACUGCCGGGGCUCUGAACACUCCCAAAAUACUCCAGCUAUCCGGUGUGGGGCCCGCGGAAUUGCUGAACUCGCUGCAAAUUCCUAUGGUUCAAAACCUGCCUGUGGGGCUCAACUUGCAAGACCACGUCGGCACCGGGCUGGAUCUGAUCUUGCUAAACAAGACACUGUCGAUGAACGUAGCAAAUAUGCUCAACCCGUUCAACCUACUCUACUAUUUACAAGGCAAAGGGCCGUGGACGAACCCGGGCUGUGAAGUUUUGGGAUUUCUGUCCACUAAGAAUUCGACCACGCCCGACGUGGAGGUGAUGGUACUGCCCGUAGGCAUUUCAUCAGACAGGGGCACGUUUCUGAGGAAACGCUUGGGUAUUCGUGACGAGGUGUGGAAUGGAUACUUCACGAAGACAUUUGAAAAGCACACGUCGACGUUCUUCACAGUUGUUUUGCACCCAAAGAGCACUGGUACAGUGUUAAUUCGCAGCACAGAUCCGAAAAUACCGCCGCUAAUUGAUCCUAAAUACUUAAGAGAGAAAGAGGAUGUAGACACUUUGACAGCUGGAUUGAGAUUAGCUAUGAGAUUCCUAGAGACUGGCUCUUUAAAGUCUAUUAAGGCUCAUCUAAAUGUUGCCCCGUUCCCUGGUUGUUCUCAUCACGAGUUCUUCUCCGACAGCUAUUUGGAAUGCUACGUCAGACACUUGACGUUAACCAGUUACCAUCCGGUCGGCACGUGUUCAAUGGGGUUGCCAGAGUCGCGAAAAUCGGUCGUCGAUACUUCGUUCCGUGUGUUAAACGUUCAAAAUUUGUACGUGGCUGACGGAUCGGUGAUGCCGACGUUACCUAGUGGCAACAUUAAUGCGGCGAUUGCAAUGAUGGCCAAUAUAUUCUAUGAAACAAAUAUAAAAAAUGCAUCCCUUAAAAUAGACAAGGCUCACUGCAACAGAUACGAUCAAAUGUAUCAAUAUUUAUUUAAAAUAUGUUCAAAAGGU